AUGGUUUAUAUCCAAAAGUUAAACUGCAACGUCUUCUUUCAGUGGAAACCUUUAAACCGAUAUUAUACGUUCCAUCCCAAACUUUUGUGUCGUGAGGCAACGGGUACCGAAGAAAAGCCCAGUGUUCUAGAAAUGGAACACAAUUAUCUACUGAAACAUCGAGCAGCCCAACAACUUCCUACUCUUCCACAAAACACUAGAGGAAGGUUAGAGCAGUAUUUGCGGGGACGGUGUAUUAGUGCCGACGACAAGCAACUGAAAAGUGCAGUCGGUUAUGUGCCUCGAAGUUAUCUACCAGCAUCAUUAGCACGCUUAAGAACAGAAGAACUAUGCAGCACUCGAAGCGAGCCAGAUCUUCGUCCUAUGGCUCUUGAUGACAAUAUGUGCAGAUGGUUUGUAGCAUUAUAUGAUUACUCACACCAUAUGAGCCCAAACGUUAAUGCUGAAGAAGAAGAACUGUCAUUUCGUAAGCACCAGUUAAUAAAGGUGUACGGUGACGUCGAUCCUGAUGGAUUUUAUAUGGGUCAAAUAGGGCAUAGAGUUGGACUUGUCCCCUCCAACAUGGUAAUUGAAAUUGCAAAAGAUGAUGUACUUUCCCAACGGCGUCGUUCAGACGCCGUACCAGACACUGCUACUCGACGUAUGCGGUGGGCUUCAUUUAAAUCCAGAAGUUAUGACCAUGCAGGCGAUCGCAUUCCACCGUCUUGUAGGCAAAAUGUUGAACCAGAUCUCUACCCUACCUUCCAUAGAAGGGAACAUUCGCUUCCAAGCAGACCACUUGAAUACGGCGCACCAAGGCGGAUGUACGAAACUCGUAGCGAUUAUGGGCCAAGAAGUGAAUAUACUCGUAGUGAUUAUGGUCCCAGAGGAGAGCAUCCAAGGGGAGAUUACCCAAGUCGGACAGACUAUGAAUAUGUGGGAAGGUCAGAACAUAACCGAGGAGAGUAUCCUGGAAGAAGUGAGUACUCUGGAAGAGAUCGUGAUGACGGUCACGAGUCAUAUCAUCCAAACGGAAGACAUCAAAGAGACCAUCACAGCCGAGAUCCUUACUCUCGGGAUUACAGACCUAGGGAAGCACAAGAACGUGAAAGAAGAGAAUAUUAUCGUGGCGAUCGUGAAGGUAUAAAUGGGAGGGAACUCAGAGGAAUAAGAGAAGCUAGAGACCAGCGAGACACACAUGAAAUGAGGGAUCCAAGAGAAGCUAGAGAUUUUCGAGAUAUCAGGGACUUGCGAGAGAUACCCCAAGAAUCUAGAGAAUUUAGGGAGCAAAGAUACCAAAGAGAAUCUAGCGCUGGUAGACGAGUUAAGGAUUACCCAGAAGAACGAGAAGAUUCGCGACAUAGACCAUAUAGAGAAAGUCGUGAUCCCAGAGAAACCGAAUACAGAGAAGAGAGAAGAGAGAGGCUUCGCGAUGGAGACAUGACAAGACAAUAUGACGAACGCGCAGGACCCAGUAACCGCGAAACAGCCAACCACCGAGACUACAGGCCUCGAGAAUUUACUCGAACUUCCGAUGUCGCACCAGAGGCAAUUCGAGAUGGACAGCAAGGUUAUGCCCUAGAAAGUCAACCGACUGAUGAUACUAGGUUUAAUAAAGUAAAUGGAGAUAGAAGAAUAGUAAGGAAAAUGAGAGCCAUGUAUGAUUAUGAUUCGACACAUUUAAGCCCCAACAUUGAUGGCGGACAAGUUGAACUUUCAUUCCACGCUGGUGACAUAAUUACAACUUACGGAGAAAUGGAUGAUGAUGGUUUUUACUGGGGCGAAUUAAACGGUAACCAAGGUCUAGUGCCAUCUAAUUUCUUGUUACCUAUGACGCAAAGUACAAAUCAACCAGCUAAGACGCAACCGGAGCAACCAAUGCAGCAAAUUUCACAACCAACAACUACUGCUUCAGCCGGACCUACGCCUGAACAGCCCCAUGAGCAACCCAGAACAAAGGGCGUUGCAUUCCAAGAGCCAAUGCCACGGCAAUCAAGUCAAACCUCAGCGAAAGCAACUGCUGGACAAAAAGCAACGCCUAAAACAGGUCCAAGCGGAAAAUCUCUAACCAAAAAGCCAAGUGACUUAGGGAGCAAAGCUGCAGCUGCUGCCCGGAAAUCUUCUCAAGCAACCAAAAAAAUCGAAAGCACUACGAAGGUUACUAUUUAG